AUGCUACCAACGUAUGUUCGAGCAAUACCGAAUGGUGAAGAAAGCGGAGAUUACCUAGUUUUGGAUCUCGGUGGAACUAAUUUUCGCAUCCUUCUCAUACGGCUUAACGGAAGAGAGGCCGAAAUGACCGGGAAAAACCGUAUCAUGCAGGCUACUGCAGAAGAGCUUUUUGACCACAUCGCCGAGUGCAUGGCGCGCUUCAUGGAAGAGCAAGGCAUACCGUUCUCACGAAAGCUGCCUCUCGGUUUCACGUUCUCCUUUCCUUGUCAACAGGAAGGACUCACAAGUGCCAAACUUAUUCGUUGGACCAAGGGUUUCGCUGUGACCGGUUGCGAAGGAAUGGAUGUGUGCAAAAUGCUGAAAGAAGCUUGUGGCAGGCGUUCUGAUAUAGACAUAGAUGUUGUUGCUUUGCUCAACGACACCGUUGGAACGCUAAUGGCCUGCGCUUUCAAGGAGAACACUUGU